AUGACGCUCGACGCGGUGCCGACGUCGCAGUCGGUGUCAAUCCUCCCUGAUGUCGACAGUGUCGCGUGGUUGCCAAUAAUGGUGUCGAACGGUGGCGCCUCGAACCUCAAUAAUAACUCGUAUGAUCUGAAUGCAACGACGACAUCGGCCGAAUCGUCACUGACGUCCGUCAUGUGGGACUCUGUGGUUGCUGCUGUGGGACAGAGAAGGAGAGACUGGGGUGGAAGUGGGAUGACGCUCGACGCGGUGCCGACGUCGCAGUCGGUGUCAAUCCUCCCUGAUGUCGACAGUGUCGCGUGGUUGCCAAUAAUGGUGUCGAACGGUGGCGCCUCGAACCUCAAUAAUAACUCGUAUGAUCUGAAUGCAACGACGACAUCGGCCGAAUCGUCUCUGACGUCCGUCAUGUGGGACUCUGUGGUUGCUGCUGUGGUUGGAGGAGGAGGAGAAGCUCAUGAUGCGGGAGAUGAGAGUACCUGGGAACCCUGGGUUUUUAGCCCGUGGGUUUUGGCGAUGUUGGCGUCGGCGGCAGUGGGAUGCGCUGGGAUUGUGCCCGCCUUGUUCAUUCCGGCGUCCCGCUGCGGCGGCGGUGGAGGAGCGGCCAAGACGGAGGAAGGUGGACGGAAAUUGAGACGCUUGCUGAGUUUUUCAGUUGGUGGAUUGCUGGGGGACGUUUUUCUUCAUUUGCUGCCUGAAGCUUGGGAUUACCAGAAAACAAGAUCUGGUAGUGCAAGGGAGUUGAUGCAAGCUCAAGUUACUAUUGGAUUCUGGGUGCUUAUUGGGAUGCUCUCCUUCCUUUUGAUUGAGAAAAUCAUUGCUGAGACUGAGCUUUUGCGGGAGGAUGACAGUGGGAAAGGUCAUAACGGAAAGAAGCCAAGGUCGAAAGCAAUAAUUGGUUACUUGAACUUGGCUGCGAAUGCGAUCGAUAAUUUCUCGCACGGACUCGCCGUUGGAGGAGGUUUCCUGUGUAGCAGACGAAGUGGUUUGCUGACAACCCUGGCGAUCCUGAUUCACGAGGUGCCUCAUGAAAUAUCAGAUUUCGCCAUUUUGCUCAAUGCUGGCUUCACGAGAUGGCAAGCUGCAAAGGCUCAAUUCGCAACUGCUUUGAUUGGACUUUCUGGGUCGAUGGCAGCUCUGCUCGCAGAAGCUUCUCACUCCAAGCUUGGUGAUAGAACGUGGUGGAUUUUACCGUUUACCGCUGGUGGCUUCUUAACAGUCUCACUAGUCAAUGUACUUCCAGAAAUCAUGGGAAAUGAUGACAUGGACGAAGUUAGUACUUCCAAAUCUCAAUGCGAAGUGUGCAGUUCUGAAGAUUCCAAGCACAAGCUACGGAUGUCUCAAUUUACGGGAUCUUUAGUGGAAAGUUGCGCCUUAUUGGCGGGAAUUGCUAUUAUGGGUGGCUUAGCCAACAUAAUAUCUGACUGACCAGCGUAGGAAGGAAUGAUUUGAAUGUUCGCUGGGGCUGUGUUACCUAAACUUGCAUUUUUUGUUUUGGUAAGCAUUACACUACGACACCCACUUGUCACCUUUUAUUUUUUUUAGCUUGUUCUGUGAUUGAAUUGAAGAGACGAAAGAGAAUCUGCGGGAAAUAGACUCACGUAUUUUUGCGUCAAA